CUUUUCACGCUUCGAAAGCAAGAUGGUUCAUCGCUCAGCUACUCGGCUCUGAACACCCAUCGCGCUGGGUUGUUUAAUCUCUACAGAGACUACGGCCGUUUAAUGGGGCCUCUCAUGGAAAACGAGUUGCGCCAGUUCUUCAAAGGGUUGAAACGACAGUUGGCUACAACGCAAGCGCGGGCGAAGGGAACGUGA